AACUGCAUUCAUCCCCCAGUUGUUUUCUUUGAGCCACUGUGGCCAAGGAAUAUGCAUUACUCAUGCAGUGAUCAGAAGUAAGAAAACAACUGCUGCAGCCUGCAAGUAGAUUUUUUCUUGUUUUGGCAGAGUUCAGUUUCAAACUGCUGUUUCAGACCAAAAAGUAGAAGUUGUUGACUUUGGUUCCAUUUAACCCUCUCAUGCUGAGACAAAUGCAAUUAAAACACAUAGGUACAUAAAAUUUCCCGGGUACAAAAAGGAGCAUGAUGCUGGGCCAAUAAAAAAUCCUUCAGGGGCUGUUUUACUCGGCACACUUACAAAUGAGUUAGUUAAUAAUAUCACUGGACAGAAGAUGGAUAUGAGCCAAACACCACUUUUUUUCCUUCGCAAACACAGAAAGCUACAGGACUGGUCAUUAUUGCUUUUAAUUCUAACCUCCCCAUCUGCUGUUACUGGAAUUGUUUGAAUGAGCCUCUUUUAAAUUCCUUUGUGACAGUCCUUGAACAGGAGACCAAAGCGCAGCUUUAGAAUAAUGAAUGAAAAAGGAUAGAGUUAUCUUAAGCUGCAAAAGCUAAGUUUAGAACAUGAGAGGCUGAGAGCUACCCCUUGCAGCAGUACUACCCUCUGCCCCUUCCCAUUCAUUAACGCGGCACAAGCUCUUUGCUAAGUAACAGGCCUGCCUAAAAAUAAAUUAAAAAAAAAAAUACCUUAUAAGGAAGCAUUCUGUGAAAGUCAACUCCUGCUGUUUUUUCUACAUGCCCAUUCCAUUCCCUUGAAGGAACAGAACAACAGUUUCAACAUGCAUCGUCCUUAUCCUUUCUCCAUUCUUAACUUCUGCACCGGUUGUUGGCCAAAAAUAAACACCAUUCCACAACCAUAUAUGAGCAACAGCCUUCUGGUGAUCCCAACGCCUUCCAGCACUGCCAUCAUUCCAAUGCCAGGAGACUGUCAGCUCCCGAGCACGCUGCAGGGGCAAUGCACAUAACCCAGCUGAAUCGGGAAUGCCUCUUGCAUCUCUUUUCCUUUCUGGACAAAAACAGCAGGAAAAGUUUAGCAAAAACAUGUCAUAGAUUGCUAGAAGUGUUUCAAGAUCCUGUGCUUUGGUCUCUACUGAACUUUAAUUCUCCAGUGGAACUACAGAAGCAUAACUACCUCCUGGGACCUGCUUUAAAAUACUUGUCCAUCUGCUGGUAUUCAGAGAGAGUCAAGGUGUGUAACAUUGAGGACUGGAUGAAAAACAAUUUCCAGAAAGACUUCUGUAGCAGGCAUGAGAACACUGUCACUGAUUUUUUACUAGAAGUUGGCAACAGAUGUCCAAACCUGCUAUCUCUGACCCUCUCAGGAUGCGGCCACGUUACAGAUGAUUGCCUCUUGCUUCUCCUCAAGAACUGCCCGAGCCUCAAGACACUCAAACUGGAAAACUGCGCGCGAAUCACUGACCGGACGCUGGAAGCAGCAAUCCUCUAUGGGGGAUCACUGCAAACGCUGCACGUGGAUUUCUGCCGGAACAUAACACAGAGCGGGCUGGAGAGAGUUAAGGAAAAACGUCCCUCGGUAGCACUGAGAGCAGAGAGAAGUGCUAACAUGAUUCCAGACAGUAAGCCGGAAAAAAAGUUGGCGUUUGAAAAACUGUCCAGAAAAAUGGCUCAGCUUUAAGUUAUAUGGAGGGUUGAUUUCCACUUACCUCCGGCGUGGCACUACUUCAGCUACCCAGGGGUACUCUACUGCACUCUGGUUUAAGUCCAAAUAAAUGGCUGAAUGUUUUGUAAAAGCUUCACUGGAAAAAGGCAUGAGUUUUCACACCUUUUAAAGAAAGAACACCUCUGCUUUUGCUGUUCCUUGAAAUUGGAAAAAUCAUGUGUUUAUGUCACAUAAUGCAGCAUUUAAUUAGUCAAGUCUAAAAAUGUGAAUUGGAGAAAAGCAACAACCAGAAGACCCUUCACAUUUUCAUUAUGACAGAUCAUUUUGGCAGUAAGGUACAAAAAGGAAUUAAACUAAGUCGUCAAACACAGUAAAACCUUACUUACCAGCAACCAUGAACUCCAUCACCAAGUCAAAAAAAAGGGUUACAUCACAGAUAUAAAUCAAAUUUCCAGUGGAGAACACUACUGCUCAAUAUCACGCUCUGUUCUUAUCAGUCCCCUCUAAGCAUGACAGACACCUGUACUGCUGCGCUGCAGGGCAGGUGGCUGAGCCACCUCUACUUACAUUUAGCAUUUAAUGCUUUAAGCAUAUUGUGUUCCAUGCUUCAUUAACCUGCAAAGGAACUGAACAAACACAUUGUCACACACCUGUUCCUACCUCUGAUACGUAUUUCCUAUUGCUGCUACAGUCAUACACAUUUCAUCCAGUGCUAAAAAGCAGAAGGGAAAUGGUGAUGCUUUGAAACAGCUCACAGCCUACCCUGCUGCACAGCUCUGUCAUUAGCAAGUUACAAGACUGAGCUGCAUGCAUUUUUUAUUCUAUGUAUGUGUGCAUACCUAUAUAUAGGUAUAGAUGACUAAAACUACAGUAGAGAUGACUGACACUACAGAAUGCAGAUACACACUGGUAAUACUUUUCUUUUUCUAUACAAAGAUGUUUGCAUAUAUAAAAUACUCAAACGGAUAUAAAGUUAUAAUUUUCUCAGAGUGUCUCCAAUGGACAGCAGAACUGAGCAAGUGCAUUCUUUACCUUCAAAUGCAAUUAUGUCUGAGAAGCACUAUGCAAUAAGAGUGAACGCAAUUCCAGUCUCACUUUCAUGUCUGAGCAACUGAAAAAGCCAAACAGCAGACUGAAAGGAACAUGUGCACAAUGCCAUGACAGUGAAAACAAACAGUUGGAUAAAAUAAAAAUAAGCAGUUAGGUUGAAUCAUGCUAAGACAGAAUAUGCAAAGGACAGGGGUAAUUUAAAAAGGAACUGCCCUCAACUGUUCAAUGAACAUCCAUGUUUACAAACAUCAGCAUCCCCUUUUACCUAAUUGCAAAUUGUCUCCAAAAAUACCCUCAUUAUCUGAGAGCCAAAACACACAGUCUGUGCAAAACUGAAUUCUGAGGUACAGUUCUAUUACCUUCUGUAUCUGACUGAACACGCUGGCAAAAUGAUGAAGGAUAAAUGACAUAAAGGAGGUCCAGUAUACAGUACUUUCUGUAGUGCAUAUAUAUGUAAAUAUAGAUAUGUACAACACCUAGAAUUUAAUUCAAGAUGUGAAUAUACUCCUCCACAACACAGCGGUGAGAUGCAGAACUCUCAGUCCAAUUUGAAACACGAAGCAGCAGGAAACUACACCUGCCUGACUUCAGAGCCCUGGCCCUCUUUCUCCCAGGACUGUUAAAGGGCCCGUCUGGAUGUUUCAUGCUACAGCCUGGUUCUUGCUCGUUGCUGAAGAACCUUUUGCCUUCUUUGUGAGCCAACAGCAAGUCCCAGCUGAAGCAACUUCACCAGAUACAACCUGGAGCUGAGAUUCUUUACAAUUCUUUACUCAUCCCUUUGAGCACCGUCAGGUGGCACCAAUACACCAGUUAGUCUUGGACAACUGGGAAGUUUCCCUCGUAAUCCCUGCUAACCUGCAGCAAUCACAAGCAAUAGGAAUGUCUGCAUUCUUCUCCAGACUCAAACAGUCAUGUACCAGGUGAGUUGAGGUUAAUGAAUUCUCUCCCCCGCCAUGUGGUCCCAAACACCCUUAGCAAGGGAUUCCAGCGAGAAGGAGGGGAAGUCAGGCCAGGGCAGCAGAGAAACACACCCUUCUCCUCAGCCCAGUGACAUCAUGUUCCUGAGCACAAACAGUAUUUGCAGUUGGGCACAAAUUAUGGUUGUGGUACAGAGACUGAAGAGGAUUAUCUUCCACAGUGCUCCCCUAAGACGGCAAAUAAAAGUUUCUUUGUAACAGUACAUUGCUGCCCUAACCAAGCACGAAUGUUACCAAAUACUGCUGAUUAUAAUACAAUUACAGCUGCAGCAGAUACCAAACGUGGUUUACUAAAAUCAAAGGCAGAUACUCGGAAUGUAUACAAAAUCCACAGCUUCAACCACUAUCCUGCCACCUUCAUUUAUUGGCACUCUGUUUCUGAGUCACAGUGGCUGUGUAUUAUUACUGUCAACAAGGAAUACUCUGGAAAAGUGUCCAAAUGGAAGUGGAGAAGGAAUCACAUACAACUUUACCUUGUAUUGCAGCACACGGUAUAAACAGUGGUACACCUGAACACGUCCUCAAAGAUAUGAAGAACGCAGGGCACAGUCCUACCCAUCACACAGUAGAAGAUAAACAUUUCAGGGUGUUCCAAAAAUCACGUCC